GCAGAUAAUCUGUGUAAUCUGAUUAAGUGUGUGUAAGAGCCUGCGUUCCUCAGUGUUUCACACACACUGAUCAUGGCCGGAGAAGAGCCGUACCCCAGAAAGAUCCUGCAGUACAUGGAGGGAUUCCUGGUGUCAAAGGCUCUGUUCAGUGCGUGUGAGCUGGGUGUGUUUGAGCGUCUGCAGGGCUCUCAGUGGUCUGCGUCUGAUCUGGCUCUGUCUCUGGGCUGCAGUGAGGAUGGCAUGGAGCGUCUGCUGAACACCUGUGUGAGUCUGGAGCUGCUGACGGCUCGCACGGACCCCCACGGAGCAGUGGUGUACAGUAACACAGAGAUGUCCAGCAUGUUCCUGCUCAAGUCCAGCCCCAGGUCUCUGUGUCAGUCGAUCGAGUACAGCUCCAGAACCAUCUACCUGUGCUGGCAUUACCUGAGCGACGCCGUCCGAGAAGGGAAGAACCAGUAUGAGAAGGCUUUCGGUGUGGACUCCAGAGACCUGUUUGAAGCCAUGUACAGGUCUGAUGAGGAGAUGGUGAAGUUCAUGCACCUGAUGAACUCUGUCUGGAACAUCUGCGGCCGGGACGUGAUCACAGCGUUCGAUCUGUCGCCCUUCAGAUGCAUCUGUGAUCUCGGAGGCUGCAGCGGCGCUCUCGCCAAACAGUGUGUGUCCGCCUUCCCCCAAUCCACCGUCACCAUCUUUGACCUUCCCAAGGUCGUGAGGACGUCCCAGCAGCACUUUGUGUGCAAUCAAGACGAGCGGAUCUGCUUCUGUGAAGGAGACUUCUUUAAGGAUGAGCUCCCACAGGCCGAUCUCUACAUUCUGGCCCGGAUCCUGCACGACUGGACCGACCAGCGGAGUGUGGAGCUGCUGGCCAAGAUUUACCAGUCCUGUAGACCAGGUGGAGCUGUGCUGCUGGUGGAGGCUCUUCUGUAUGAGGAUAACACUGGUCCUCUCACAGCGCAGCUCUACUCUCUGAACAUGUUGGUGCAGACGGAGGGUCGCGAGCGCAAAGCUUCAGAUUACAGUCGUCUGCUGAGCGCCGCUGGAUUCACACACAUCCAGAUCCACAACACCGGCAAGAUCUACGACGCCAUCCUGGCCCACAAAUAAACACACCGUGUGUCAUGAAGGGCUUCUGUUCUUCAGAAAUCAUCUUAUAUUGUCUUAACGUUCACUUAUGUCUGUGUUCAGGCUCUAACAGAUGAGUGAUUCACUUUACUGUGUUGUACCUGUUCAGGUAGGAGAUCUUAGAUCCAGCUUUUACUCUUCUGCUUUACUCUUCAAAUCUGCACAGCACACUGUAAAAUCAUUUUUUUUAAGUAAAAAAAAAAGAAAAGAAUGAAUACGAAGAGUACAUUUUAUGAGGAAAUACUAUUUUAACUUUUUCUUUAUUUCAUUUAAUGUGUUAUUUGCCAUUUCUUUGUAAGUAAUUCUGAAAUUUAUUUGCGAUUUCUGAGUGAAAAUUAUUUCUACACCAAUUAUUUUCCAUCAAUAUCCUGAACUUUGCGACCUGAAAUCCACUAAUUGAAUAAUAAAAACCUUACUUUCACAACCCACAUUUCAAGAAGGUGAAUUUUUACAAAAUAUUUUAAAAAUAUUUUAAAUAAACAGUCAAAUAAUGUUUAAAAAAAAUAAGAAUAAAAUCACAUUUCAUUUUUUUCAAGACCAUGACUUUAAUUUUCCUAAUUAAUUUUUAUUUUGCUUAAACUUAAUUUUUUUGCUGAAAUAAAUUGUGAAACCAGGUCAAAAUAUAUAUAUUGUAGUUUGUGUGUUGGAUUGUUUAUUGCAAUAUUAGUACAAUGUUUGAGAUGUCUUUUUUUUAAUCAUAAUUGAUGUGUGUUGUGUAGAAUUAAUCUGUGUGCUGUAAUUAUGAAUUCAGUUAUAAAAAGUGCUUGCUAUGAAUAAAUGUGUGAGGAAUGUUCUUCCUGUGGGCAGUGUAGUAAUAGAGGAAAGAACACAAGUGUGUUUGAUGAAAUAAGAGCCGUCCGUCUGCAUCACAUGAGAGUCAUGAUGUGUGUCUGCAGGG